CAUCAGUCCCCCGCCCCCGAGGGGCGUACAAUCUAAGGUCCCUAACUCACAUUCAUACAUACACCAGCAUGUCUUCAGUGUCUGUUAUCCCUCUCUGCCAAUCCCUCUACUGGCCUCCACUGAGUGUCCUCCACCCCUCUCUGCCAAUCCCUCAGCUGGCCUCCACUCAGUGUCCUCCAUCCCUCUCUGCCAAUCCCUCCACUGGCCUCCACUCAGUGUCCUCCACCCCUCUCUGCCAAUCCCUCCACUGGCCUCCACUCAGUGUUCUCCACCCCUCUCUGCCAAUCCCUCCACUGGCCUCCAUUCAGUGUCCUCCAUCCCUCUCUGCCAAUCCCUCCACUGGCCUCCACUCAGUGUCCUCCACCCCUCUCUGCCAAUCCCUCCACUGGCCUCCACUCAGUGUCCUCCAUCCCUCUCUGCCAAUCCCUCCACUGGCCUCCACUCAGUGUCCUCCACCCCUCUCUGCCAAUCCCUCCACUGGCCUCCACUCAGUGUUCCACCCCUCUCUGCCAAUCCCUCCACUGGCCUCCAUUCAGUGUCCUCCAUCCCUCUCUGCCAAUCCCUCCACUGGCCUCCACUCAGUGUCCUCCACCCCUCUCUGCCAAUCCCUCCACUGGCCUCCACUCAGUGUCCUCCAUCCCUCUCUGCCAAUCCCUCCACUGGCCUCCACUCAGCAGUGUCCUCCACCCCCCUCUGUCAAUCCCUCCACUGGCCCCAUU